AUGCAGGCUUGUACUUUGAACACCCCUUCAAGCGUAGGCGUGUCGGAAGUUGCAGAAGUGGGAUUCCAGAUCGGCCGUUAUUCUACUAGCAACACCGAAAGCGUCAUUCGAGGAGACAACUUCAUACAUCUUAUUGGGACUCAAUUGGAAGGGGGGGAAUUGGUCGUCUUUGUUGAAGGUGAUCUCACCGACACCUACACGGAGGUAGAAGGAACCGAGCAACAUCUUCGGGCCAAUGUCAAGGACGGAGACGACUUGCCACCGAUCUUUGAUAAGGAAUCCUAUAGCUUCGAAGUCCCAGAAAACUUUCCUACGGACUGGGACUUCACAUCCGCAAACCUCAUCACUAUCAGUGAUACUGAUUACGGUGUACAGUUUCACACGAAUGAGAUCUCCAUCGACCAACACUCAGAUGUGUUCGACAUACAACCUCUUCUAUGUAUGAAAGAAUGUACGCCGAAGAUAAGCCUCCUAAGACCAUUGGAUUACGAGGAACAACGAAGUUAUCAAUUCAGCAUCCACGCCCAGGGAGACCGUAUGAGCGCAACCGCAUCAGUGACGGUGUCCGUCACGAAUGAAGAAGACGACCCGUUUGUAUUCCAACAUCCUUUCUAUACCGUUCAGCUGGAACUCAAUCAGGAAUCAGGAGUGCUGGACGUGCUCCCUCAACAAAUUACUGCCUCAUCAGCGGACCCAGGAAUGCCGAAUUAUCGACUCCAACGACUUGGCUCUCGAACAUAUUUCCAUGAUUUCGAAACUGGUGAACUCAGUCUCAUUCAGAAACUCGAUGAUUCCAUCACGACAGAUAUGAUCUUCCUCGUCGAGGCGGGAGAGGGGAACAGAGAAGGCUCCGCAUCUUUAAUCGUCUUUCUGCCGGGCAACGAGGGGACAACGACGACGGAGAAUCCGAACGGAGGAGGAUGGCUCGGGGAACCGUGCCAAUCCGACGAGGACUGCAACCAAGAGGAACAUUUGGCAUGCAACCUGGCCUUGCAAAAAUGCGACUGUGCCGAUGGAUUCCAAUUCAAUCCCGAUAUCCUCUCGUGUGAGAAGAAGCCAGGAGGCUUGGGAGAUGAAUGCUCGACAGAUGCAGACUGCGACGUCGAAGCUAAUCUGGAAUGCAAUCUUGACCUGGACAAAUGCGACUGCAUGGCUGGAUUCGAAGUCGACCCUGACACUUUCCAAUGCAUCGAAGAGUAG